UGAUUUUGAAUUUUUCUAAAAUUUCGCAAAAUUGCGCAUAACUCAAAGACUUUGUUUUAAGACGUACGUGGAUAAAUGUGUUCCUAAAGGGGCUAUCACAUCUUAAAAGGUUGGUAUCGACCUUCCGGACACCCUGUAUAUAACGCAUGAGUGAAAGAUUCUCGACAGUUGGAACACUUUAACAUGUCGAAAACCGCAUCUUUACAUGUCACAAAGAGCUCAACUAUCGGCAGCAGAUUGUCCACUACGAGCAGCGGUAAAUCAUGCAAACAAAGAAGGAGCGCAAACAUCAUGGGGUAUACGUCCAAGUCUUAUUUCUCAACAACGUUGGAAGGCAACAUUGUGAAUCAGUUCAAAAAAUACUAUGACACUGACGACAUUGAUCCUCUUCAAGAGCCAAUUCCUGUUAUUUGCAUGGAGGAACAGAUCAAACACUUGUUUUAUAUUCAUGAUCCGAAAAUUAUUUUUGUGGCGAAACAACCACUGGCAGCAGAAAGAAUUGAAAAAGCGAUAUUCAAGAAUCAUCCUAUCUGCGAUAUAACGCUCCAAGCUAUAACUGGAUCCAUCGAAAAAUGUAAAACUUUGACAAAUUUGAAGUUGGAAUUUUGCAACUUGACCCCUCAACUUGUGUCUAAAUUAGCUGAAAGACUUUAUGAUACUUACAUAACAGAUCUUAGUCUAAAUGGCAAUAAAAUCGAUAAGCAUCAAAACUUUCAUCUUCUACUAGAGCAACCUCAAUUGAAAUCAUUGUCUCUGAAAUAUUGCUUUAUAAAGCCUGAAGGUAUGAAAAACAUUGCAGACAAACUGACCAAACCAUUACAUAGCCUUUUGAUACUGAAUCUAGCUAGUAACAUGCUGUACGAUGACGGAGCUGAACAUGUUGCUAGAAUGCUGAGAUCGAAUCGAUCAAUAAUGAGCCUAAACCUAUCUGAUAACAAGAUCACAAACAAAGGUUGCAAAGCCGUCAUGCUAAGUUUGACAGAAUUUGAGCUUUCGCCCGAUGAAAUUUGUUUCAAGAGAAAGCGGAAUUUUGAGAAACUGAAAAAUGCACUCAAUUCUGAGCCCAAUUUGAAUGAAUAUGUGCCAGAUCCACCAUUAACUGCGAAAAAAUCUUCUUCCAAAUCCACGUUCAAGGAUACGUCCUCUGGUACUGUACCAACAAAGAAGGGUUCUACCAAAUUUAAAGACAAAUCAGCAACCGACGCAGCCUCGCAAAUCUCGACCUCCAGUCAAAAUGUGAAUUUUGAUCCAGAUUACCACCCGUUCAUAAAUGACGUGAUUGAAGACCAGCAAACGAUCUUGUGCAAAGGAAACGACGUACUGAUAAACUUGAACUUAUCGUAUAACAACAUUCACAAAGAAGGAGCUCAAGCAAUUGUAGAUACGCUAUAUCACCAACAACAGCUUUUCGCGGCAGAUAGAGGACUAUCGCGUAUCACGACAGAAGGAAACAAUUUCCAUAAUGGAUGUCUCUUAGAAGUUGACGCUAUUGACGAUAUACUUGCACAGAAAGCUACGAGACGAAGCAGCGUGAGAAGUCGUGGAAGUUCCCAGAGAAAGUCCUCGUCGAAAGUGUCACUGUUACCGCAAAUUACGUGAUGUAUAGAUUAUGGACUGUUGAAUUAAAUACAUAUGUUAAUUAUUU